AGAAAAAUGGAAACAACCAAAGACGCUCGUACACCAAAGUGACCAAACAGCUCACACUUCAUAUCCUCUACCGAGCAGUACCCUAUCUGGUUGAGCCAGAAGGAAUCAUUGCUUUUCAGAAAAUAAAAAAAAAUUUAAAGUUCUUACGAUAUGAACUGGACACGCGACAACCAGGGCAUCGACCAAAAUGACCUGCAGACGGUUUUCAAGUACGAACCGAAGGGGACCACUGUACUUCAUAUGCUGAGCGAGAACAAGUAUAAACUCUCCAAGACGUCGCUGGAGCUAGACAAGCAGUGGGAAACAUGGCUGUCCGAGGAUAUGCCCUCAAUAAAUGACGGAAUAUCGGGUCUUGUAAUCAUACUCGCUGGGAGAGUAGACGAACCACGUCUUCCCGCCGCAAGCAUUUCCGAUUCCGAAAAUUCGCUGUCGGGGAAUUGUCCUGCUGCAGCUGCUGCGAGCCUCUCGGACACGGAAAAGAAGUUGAUUUCGCCGCAGACUGAUGGGCAGCCGAAAAGGGCGAGAAGCGUCUUGGACGUGUUGAGCCCCAAGGUUGUGCUGGGGAGCAAAGUAUCAGACAAAAGUGCUGGCGGGCUCCAGGCGGCCACAGCGGACUGCUCUACGAUGGGCCGACGCGGCGUCCGGACGCUGCCCUUUUCGUUGGCGAGUUUUGAGCGCAUAUCUCAGGCUUUUCAUACUCAUGGCACCAUUGCACGCGUCAUUAGUAGGUCCGACGUGCCUGUGUUUUCUGCCGACAAGAUCAUCAUGGCUGAACAGCCUGCGUAUGUUUAUAAUUGCCGCUCCUCAAACGCCUGGGCCCAUGACAUGGCGCUGUCGGUGACGCACUUCCCCAACGCAGAUCUCACGCUCGCCAUCUUGUACGGCUGCCACGAGGCGGCCGAGACGCAGAUAGUGAAGCGGCUGGCGCAGAUGGAGGGCGACGCGGCGGUGUCGCACCCGCUGCUGACGCCGGGCAUCUUUGCGGAGCUGGAGAUGCAGCGGCACAAGCAGCUGAUCCUCAAGACGGUGCUGCUGGUGGAGAGCCACAUCUACGAGCGGGACGCGCUGCAGCAGUCCCUGGACGGCGGGGGAGGCCGGCAGGCGGCCCUGGACAAGGCGACCCGCGACGUCCAGAAGAGGAACGCCUUUCUCGAGACGUCCUACUUUCGCAACGGGCUCGUCAGCUGGAACACGCAGCUCGGCGCCAUGGCCGAGGAGGCCGAGGACCUGCAGCGCCUGGCCGGCAAGGCGCACGUCGCCGCCGACACGAGCUCCAAGGUGGGGAGGCGCGUCCGUGUGAUCCGCAACGAGUACGAGGACUGGAUCAGGGAGUGCACCAUGCGACUAGACGGCAUGACCAUGGCUACUCAGUGGGCGCAAAACGAAACGAACCUCGAGAUUGCCCUCGAGACCAAGAGGGACUCGAAACAUAUGCGUUCAAUCGCAUUGUUGACCAUGGUUUUUCUCCCUGGGACUUUUCUGGCGACCGUAUUCAGCAUGGACUUUUUCGAGUGGAAUGCAGACGACCAAGGCUUGGCCAAAGUCUCUCGCUACAUAUGGCUCUACUUUAUCAUAACUUUCCUCUUGACCCUGGGGACGUUGGGCCUGUGGUGGUACUUUGUCAUUUACCGGCCUUCGAGGCAAUCGGUGCCGGACGAGGAGGAGGAUGAUGAGGAUGAUGGCCGUGAGAUGACGAAUUCAAAAAAAUAGACAAGUUGUGUAUUCUGGGCUGACAUGUUUAUGAAUUAUGAUUGUAAUUUCAUGUCAAGUUUAGAGGCGCUAGUGUGCAUUGAAACUCGUGAGAUUUAGUCUUUAGAAUCACUAGAAUAGUCUAGUUACCUAGUUUAGUCAUGACUAGUCAGAUUUUGCCUCC